ACCAGGCACACUAACGUCAACACGGAAGGGUAAAGGAAUGUCAACCUUUGACUCGUCGCCAUCUGUCUCUUAAUGUAAAAGGAAAGUGACCUCAACUUUUUUGUUUUUACCAACCAUGCAAAUAUUUCUCACAGCAGAAGUGAAAUAUGAUAUCAAUGUCAGAUAGUCAGAGCGGCACAAAUUAUAAUCAGCUGGAUGCGGACACGACAGGAAAGAAAGAGUGUAAAAGAUGGAAUAUUUACUUUCUGGUUUUAUGUUUUUGUUUGGGCGCUGAAACGUUCGUCACAAGCUGUCUUCUGUAUGGCUUUGCCAGUGAUAUACAUGCGACCCGUGAAUCGUUAACCCAUGGCGGCUAUCCUGUCGACUGUCUUUACCAACUCGCCGAUCCAGAAAUUCAAGGGGCUGCAGACUCGGAGGGAACAGCGAGCUGCAACUUGAUGAACAACGCAAUACAGAACGGCGUCCACAAGAGACUCCUGCUAGACAUCCGUAAUUCCUUAUGGCGCACUUUAGGAGAACACAAUAUUACACAAUCUUUCAAACCAGCUAUACAUCUGGGAGCAAAGCAGGGGCUGAAACAGUAUCACUACCUGCAGAAGACAGAUUGGCUACAGUGGGACAGCAGAAGUGGACAGAGCAGUCAGGAGGGUCUGAUGAGGCUCGGCACAGACGGGGAACUCGAGGUGCCACAGAAUGGAAUUUAUUUUGUUUAUUCUCAUGUUCAUUUUGAAAGCACACCUGGGCUUCAUCUGCAGUUUAUGCAAUACUUAUUCAAGAGGAGAGCGAUGUCUCCACAGUCAGCGCUGCUGUCCAAGGCUGCAUCUUCUCCAUGUCUCAGCUCAGAGUCCGGUGUGGAACUUUAUUCCAGCCAGCAGGGGGCGCUGUUUCACCUAGAGCGGGGCGACUGGCUCUCGCUAUACGUGCUCAACACUGGUGCUGUGCGCUUCUGCCCAGAGUCAACGUACUUUGGGGCAUUUAUGAUAAACUGAUGUAGCCUUUGAUGUAUGUAGAGUGUCCCAGGAGCUGGGCCAAGCUAGAUAUACUUCUGCCAUUCCUUAAAGUAUUAAAUAUAUCUCUCAAAGUGUUAUUACAAAGUAAAUAUUUUAUAAAGUGCUCAAAAGCAACAAUAUAUAACAAA